AUGGACAACAUCGACGAGGAAUAUGACCGGCUUGUUGAACACCUUCACGACUUCACGAAGAAGGCUGAGAGUUUCAAAACCAACAAGAGAAGCCUGUCUCUUGAAACUCUCGAGCUGAUACGCGCGCGUGGAGCAGCACGAGCCGCAGGCAACCAAGAACUCACUUCUGUGCUCGCAAGGCUUUGCAGAGAGGCGAUAAAGGAAGACCUUAAAGAGAGAAGAGCAGAAGUGCUGGCUGAUGCUGCAGAGGCGGGGAAAAGCAUCGGCUAUGUCCGUCGAGACUUCGCCAGUCGUAAGACAAGGAUGACUGCUCUCCGGAACCCGAGAGGAACAACCAUUGCAUCGAGAAAGGGGAUGGAGAAAAUCAUCUACGGCUUCUACUCUGAUCUCUUCGACAGUUAUGUCCACUUGUCUCCUCACCAUCUGAGGGAAGGCGGGCAUGUCGUUCUAGAGGUUCUCCCGUUCGAAAUACGACGUGCAAUCAUGUCGGUAAGAAACGUACGGCACCCGGUCCCGACAGAAUAG